AUCGUCGUGCACAGCAGGUGUUUUCGUUUUCGUGUUUGUUGUCAUUUGUAAGAUACGUAAAGUUUCUAUUACAUUUCAAGGAUAUAUGACGAAAUAUUCCGUUCUACAGUUACGAUGGAAAUUCUAAAUAGAUGACGUUAUUGGAGCGUACAACAAUGAAAUGAGAGAGUGCCACUUAAUUUGAGGGGCUCCUGAUUGAAAUUAGUGGCCACAACCCCCUCACGGACCAUGAAUUUCACCACAUUUGGAGGGCACUUUCCUCCUGGCACCAUACCCACAGCCACCAUUCAUCAGUUUGGUACAGCAAAGUUUGCACACAAUGCUGGGGGACAAAUGUUGAGUGUUAUUGGUGGAGGAGAUGGAGCUGUACAGUAUAUUCGCCAAGUUGACCCCAACGGUUUCACUGUGGCAACAGCUCAAGGCACAGGCAACAAUCAACAUCCUCAGGUACAACAGGCACUCAUUACAUUGCCCAUCAGUAUAGGAGGCAAACCUGGUGAGCCAGGUCAGCCACAGCAGACUGUGCAGAUUCAGGUUGUGAAUCCCAAUGCAACCACAAUAGCUAGCAAUGGUACUGCAAACAAUGGUGCUCCCAAGUAUCACAUUUCCCCGCUGUCGCUGCAUCACUUCCCACAGGGUGUUUUGACAGUGGCAUACAGUGGACAGCAGCAGGCUGGUGCAGAAACAGUGCAGCUGCAAGUUCAACAUCCACAGAUACAGGUGUCUCAAGCCUCAAACAGCUCACCACAGUCUCAGGAUAUCUCCAAUAAUAAUAGCAGCAGCAGUAACAACAAUAAUAAUGGCAACACACAGAAUCAGCAGACACAAGUUUCACUUCACCAGACACAGCAGGCACAGCAUCAGACUAUAACUGUAACUGCAGGGGAUAAACAUGAUCAACAUCAACAGACAUUUCCUGUUACAGUAGUAGCAUUGCAGCCACAGGAUCUUAUCCUACGAGAUGCGGUGGCAGCUGUCGAAUUGGCUGCUGCAAAGUCUCCUCAACAUGAUGGGACAGGAGGCAAGGAUAACACUUUGCAGAUGGCAAUUGUAAAAACUGAAGGUGAUAAGGAAGCUCAGGGGGAUGAGGAUUAUAAUGGUUCACAGCAUACACCAGGAGGAACAGUGACCACAAUGCCCGCAACCUGGCAAAGUCUAGCAGCCCCAGGCUCCACUGUGGCUGACUACCUUUCGCGCCUACCUGCGUCUACCCUGCCCCUUAGCCUUCAUCACUUCUUGAAGUUUUCAGCUGAAACUAUCAAACGUGAAGCUGCAAUAGAAUCUUCUCCACUGUCUAAUCCAGAACUGGUGGAUGCCAGUUCCACAAAUGCAGAUGGAACAUUGGCUGUGGCUCAAGGAGUAGGGGCAGCUGGAGCAAAACCUAAGAAGAAGAAAAAAUACAAGAAGAAACCUCCCAAGCCACGACGACCGCGGCCAGGGCAAGUCCACAUUGCAACAGCACUUGAUGGCACUACACUGUUCUGUUGUCCAGAGUGUCAUAUGGCAUAUCCUGAGAAGGAACUGUUGGAACAACAUCUGGUAGGCCACAAGAUUGAGCGAAGGUUCAUCUGCGAUAUCUGUGGGGCUGGCCUGAAACGCAAGGAGCACCUUGAGAGGCACAAACUUGGCCACAACCCUGACCGACCGUUCAUCUGCACGGUGUGUCAUAAAGGUUUCAAACGUAAAGAGCACUUGAACCUGCACUUUGUGAUCCACUCGGGUGAAAAAACAGAGGUGUGCACAGAGUGUGGGAAGGGCUUUUACCGCAAGGACCACUUGCGAAAACAUGCCCGUAGCCAUAUUGCAAAACGCGUGAAAGAAGAAAUGAACAAUCAGCAGCAACAUCAUCAGCAGGCUGCAGUUGCUGCUGCUGCUGCCACCAUGGUGACAACAGUAGUGCUGCCAACUGCUGCUGAGACUGGAGCGAUGAUGCUACAGCAUCACCACUGAACAUGCUGGACCAGUGGUGCUAAUUGGCCAGAACCAAACUCUUGUGUCAGAGGUUACAUGAAGCAGGAUUAGUUAUUUAUACUUUAGAGUGCAAUUGCAUGAGGUGAAAAAACCAAAGCAUUAUAAACAGUUGAUGAUACUGAAGUUUUAUGAAGUGGUUCAAAUGAGAGACCUUGUUUUGGGCAAGGGUUUUUGGUGAUCAUAAUCCAAUAACUUGCAUAUUUGAAAAAAUGAAAUGGUAUUGACUUUGAAACUGUCACCCAGAAUGGUUAGGGUAUUGGCUUAAUAAUACUGUAGUUUUUUAAAGAACUGCACUUGAACAAUGUAAGAAUAAUAUAUCCAUUUUCAGAGGUUUACAGAUGUUAACAGCAUCACAGCAACACAAAUCUUAGCUUUCAAACCAAAAGUGUCACAGUAAAAGGGGAUCUGUUCACUUAUUUUCUGAUGCUCUCACUCUGUCACAUCAGAGUGAACAGUUAUUAAUUACAUACCAGACAAGUCACAUCUACAAAGAAGUUGUCUUAAAUAAUUCUGUGAAGAUUCCUAUGUCUGUAUUAUUAUGUUAAGUAUACUGGAAGUUAGGUAUACUGUAUGAUUGAACAUUAUUUUGGAUAUGUCACAAUGCCGUUAUUCACAAUUACUCGACAUUCCAGGACAGUUAACAUGCAUGUCAUGAAUUGCAGGGAAGAGGAAAAUGUUUAUAUUUGUUAGUUCGUUUGUGCCUUUAUGUAAAUCAUUGUAAAACUUCUCCAUUGUUGAUAAACUGUUGUAGGUAUGUAAUUGCAUAUGAAGAAAAUAUGGAACAGAUCUUAUUUUGGACAUAGUUGAUGUCAGUGCUCAGAAUGGAAUGAUUGUCAAUAUCUUACACUGACCGAAGAAGACAUUGUCAUUGUGCAUAAGAAAUAACCUUCUGCAGGUUUAUUUCUGGCCAGUUGAUGCCUGAGCUUCGGCCUUACAAAUAUUAUUUAUAUAUUAUAUAUACAAAUACAUAGACUAUUAGAUUCAAAGUUUUUUUUUUUUUGAGUAUGUCAUUUCAAAUGAUUGGUGUUGAAAUGUGAAUUAUAAUGGUUGUUACAUAAGAAAUGGAUAGGACAUGUGCAGCACUAGUUGGUUAUAUGGAGCAGAGAAGUUAUGUUGGAGUGUUGCACAUUUUGACUUUGAAAUCCAAGGACUAGACAUUUUAUGAAUAAGGGAAGAUUUUACAAAAAUGGUGUUAACAAAGCUGUAUGCCAUAAAAAGGUAACAUCAGCUUGGUGAUUUUUUUUACCAUACUCUCUGUAUAAAACUAACAAAACUUUCUACGUGUGUGUGUCUAACUUAUUUAUAAAAAGAUAAAAAGUUUUAAAAAAUCCUAACACCCUUCUUUGUAUAAUAAUUUUUUUAGACACAUGGUAUUGGUCCUGAGAGGGAAGUCUUACAAUUUCAGCAUCUUUGUGUGUCACUUGACAUGAAAGUAACCUGGUAGGUGGAAGGAAUUAGUUUGUCAAAUAGACAUGCUGGUACCUUGUGACAUGCCUGACAAAUGACUCACUCAGCUAUUUAAGUUAUUAUUAAGUGCUCCAGUUGUGGGGAAUAAAUGAUGAACUUGAUGAAC